AUGUUGGUCUCACUCAUAUUCAUCGCAUUCUUCGUCUCCAAUUCUUUUCAAAGAAGGCUUACAGUAGGUGAAUUGCUUUUGAAGAAUAUUUCACAUUCAAACACGAUUAGUUAA